AUGUCCGGUCCCGUCCACACGUACGGCCCAGCAUGCCAUCGAUCGACUCCAAAGCAGGAUCUCGUCGCUCUCCAAUCCUCGCCCAAUCCGCCUCAAGUCAAUGCUCAAUUCUUCUACACGGCUUCUCUUCCGAUCGAUGACCCGUUGACCUCUCUUCCGGCGGCUACGACUUCGACGGCUGCGAGAACGGCCUUCGCAUCACAGCCCUUCUCGGCGCGAGAUAAUAUUGCUUUGGAACAAGCAUGGAGGGCUCUUGUGGAUGAUUCCAACCAAAAAGCGGGUGUCGGAAAGGAUAAAAUAAAAAUUUUAGGAACGGGCUCUGGACGAGAUGGGAGUGUGGGCGAUCCUAGGGCUCCUGGUAGCUUGCCUAUGACGAGAUCGGCACAAAUCAACCAACCUGAUGGAUCUGGCCCGUCGACUUGGCCUAGGAAAAGGGAUAUGUCUCCGUUGGGACGAAAAUUCAAAUCUAUGAAGAGGAAUACUAUUUCUUUUCCUGGUUCAGAAGAUCUUGCUUCUAGCUCGCUGGGGGCUUCAUCUUCGCAGGGCGAGCAGGAACCUCGGGAUGAUGAGAACGUCCAAAGCAUGGACUUCGGUGCCGAAAAUGGCGAAAUAACAGCUUCCGAACCGGGUGAAGCAAUCACAAAUAUUGCGGCUGCUGAUGUACCAGAUACUGAAUCAUCGCCCGACGAUCCGGAUGAUCGCUCAGCGAGAUACAAGAUUCCAGUUGGGGUCUCACGUCUACAUCUUGUAGAGCUUCCUGGAUUAAAGAUGAAACCAAUUUAUUGGAGCCCGCUCCACGACAUAUCAGACGUCCUUCGUGCUACAUGGUUCUACAAAAACACAAUGCUUCCAAUCGAGCCACACCUUGCCAACGAACUUGAAAAUGGCUAUCAGUAUAUGCGUGCAUGGACAGAUACGUGGCAAGAUGAACUCAACAGCUGCGUCGAGCAUGGGGCGGAUGCUGAGAUGAAGGUUGUAUACAAGCUCUGGCAGAAUGAUUCCAUCUCUCGAAGCCGGCCAGAGACGGCACAAGGUAAAACGUCUACAGAGGUUUCCGUCGAUGAUGAAGAUGCCGAAACUGAGGAGAUCAUUUUUGCUCAAAACCUGUCCGCCAGCGGGGCUACAAUAAAAACCGAAUCAGGUUCAUACAAGAAUGCCAGUGUCAUCUACGUCGACGGCAAAGACGCUCAGAUCCUUCGCCCGAGUCUCCUGCCCUCAGUUUCCAGGAAUCGCCGACCGCUCAGUUCAAUUCGCAAAGGACGUCAAAUAGGCAUACCUGUUGUUCGUGGAUUCGACCGGAAACAGUGGGAUCAACUCCACCCUGUCAAACAAACGAACAUUGAUAUGAGGCAUUAUUUGACGCGUCCUCAGACAAGGCAUACAAGAGGUGAACAAAUUUGCUAUGCUUGCGAUAUUGAGGGGAGUCGUCCCAACCCGUCAGACUUGGUCCUUGUAAUUCAUGGAAUCGGCCAAAAACUGUCCGAGAAAAUGGAAAGCUAUCAUUUCACCCAUGCUAUCAAUGCGUUUCGGAGAUCUGUCAACAUGGAACUUAAUAACGAAGAAAUCUGGCCACAUAUUCGACCUGAUCAUGGAGGUAUCAUGGUAUUGCCUGUCAAUUGGCGGUCGACCCUGGAACUUGCAGAUGCUGAAAUAGACUCGUUGGAUGUGAACGAUCCUACCGCAAAUCACUACACACUUGAUGACCUCACACCAAAGACAAUCCCUGCGAUCCGCACACUUGUUAGCGACGUCAUGUUGGAUGUACCUUACUACCUCUCUCACCACAAAGAGAAAAUGAUUCGAGCUGUGGUGAAGGAAGCAAACCGAGUGUAUAGGUUGUGGUGUAUGAACAAUCCUGGAUUCCAUGAACACGGCAGAGUACAUCUACUGGCUCACUCCUUAGGAAGUGUCAUGGCACUUGAUGUUUUGAGCAACCAGCCUACCAGUCUACCCAAUUUCGACCUGCAGUCAGCUGAGUUGCAUGAUGAUAUUUUUGAAUUCGACCCGAAGAAUGUGUUUCUCUGCGGAAGUCCUGUGGGAUUGUUUCUGCUGCUCAACAAAGCGAAUUUGCUCCCGCGACGAGGCAGAAACAAACCAGGAAGGGAAGGCGAGGAUAUGGAAAAGGGUGUUGCAGAGGAGGCCAAGAAAUAUGGUUGUCUGGCACUAGACAACCUCUACAAUAUCAUGCACACCACAGACCCUAUUGCAUAUCAAGUCAAUGCAGCAGUAGACAGUGACUUAGCUGCCUCUCUCAAACCAGCUGUCGUUCCUAGCUCCUCAUCUUCCUUCUUCUCAUCGAUAUUCGGGUUUGGCCUUAGCAAAUCCAUGACUACCUCCGGUCUCUCAGGCACCAUGCUCCCCUCACGACCCGCAGCUAUCACAAAACUACCAUCAAACGUCGAACUCGAAACGCACGACUUCACACGCGAGGAGAUUGCAGAAAAGCGUAUGCAGCUUUUGAACGACAACGGACAGAUCGAUUAUUUCAUAUCUGGCGGCGGUGGACCUUUGAACAUUCAGUAUCUGAAUAUGUUGAGUGCUCAUAGCAGUUAUUGGAUUCUGCCGGAUUUUGUGAGGUUUCUUGUUGUUGAGAUUGCGCGGCGGCAGGACAAAGAUGGGACGUUGUUGGCAUUGAGAGCCGAGAAGAAGAAGGGUUGGAAGACUUAG